AUGUUUAUCACGGUGAUGUCUGGAGCUGGCUGCUGGGAGCUGGUGAACCCCUGGUGCAGCCUGGUGAUCCUCAUUACCCACCUGAGGCAGCGGGGGCAGGUGCCCCAGAUGGACGGGCACCUGGUGAACCUGGCUGAGGGACUGGAGGAGGGGCCUUCCCUGGCGCCCUCCAUGGGCAGCCCCCUGCUGCAGGAGCGUGGGAUCUAUGUCCUAGUGCAGAUCAUCAAGGGUGGGGGCGGGGCCCCCACCUGCUAUGAGUCCCUCCUGGAGAACCUGGAUGAGCGGUGUCCAGAGCUGGCAGUCUCAGCUAUGUGGGUACAAUCUGAUGUCAUGGUCUUGCUGUCGGUGAAGGUGUGA